AUGAGUCGCUUUCUUACGCCAUCCAAGGUUGCCUUGCUAUGUCUGAUCUCUAUCUACACGGAGGGGGUCAUCCCAAAUUCCUCUGCUGUCCAUGUUCUGUCAUUCUUGGUCGCGUCUUUAAGUCCACUGGACGCUGACCCAAGCUCCUCUAAAAACUGGAAGGCACAAUACUCAGCAUCCAUAACUGACCUCGAAGGAGCUUUGUCUACGCACUCAUCUUCAAUCCCUGGACGCACAAUCUGGGAUUUGUUCCUCAAAAAAGUCUGGUCUAUUGACUCAUGCGAUGCACUGGAGGUAUUCUUCUCCAAUGUGUUAGAUCUGUUGGUCAAAUCUCGGGAGGAGCAGAUUCGCGAUAGGGAUAACGGCUUGGCCACGGAGCUGGGAUGUAUGCGCCUCUCCCGGUGCUCCCCGCUGGGUGCAUUUGUGAGGCGAGCACAGCUUGAGUUUACAAGACUACAGUUCCAUGACUCGGUUAAGCUCUGGAAGGGCUUUGUCAAGUAUCGCCUCCCCACAUACCACGCUUGGGCCAGGCGGAAUCCGUUUGGUGAACAGGCCAUGGUUGAUAUGAAUUUGCUUGAGCUUGGCUUGGACACCGGUAGUCAACUUGCUCAGGUGGCGUAUGGUAAUAUUGAGGAUGACUUGGAGGAAGAUAACUAUGUCAGUACCAAAGACGUAGAACGCUUGCUGGAAUUUCAAAUAGGCGAGUUGCAAAGAAUGGGAGGAAGGGUGCCAGAUGGCAUGAAGGCAUGCCUGGAACGCAUCAUUAAAUCUGGAGCGACACUGCCCAAUUUGAUACACUACUUAAGAUUCUUGGACGCUUGGAGGGCUGGAGAUUACCCAUCAUCCUUUGACAACCUCCACCGUUACUUCGAUUAUACGAUGCACAGUAGGGACCGGAGCUCGUAUCAGUACGCGUUGCUAAAUCUUGCUAUCCUCCAAGCAGACUUUGGUUGUUAUGGGGAAGCUAUAUCCGCGAUGCAAGAGGCAGUCUCGAUUGCUCGAGAAUCUCACGAUAUGAAUUGCCUGAACUUCUGCAUGAGCUGGCUAUACCACUUUGGCAAAGCUUUCCCAGAGCAGAUGAAGGAUGUUCAAAACACGGGCAUGCUUGGAAAUGAGAAAGAAGGACUAGCGUUCCUCAAGGCGAAAGCAAAGGAGACAGAAAUGUGGAGUCUCUUGAGUACAACGCUACUGAGUGAAGCUAAAUUCGAACUACAAAAUGGCGAGAGUCUUGCCUCUUCCAUCGAGAACAUAAUCCGAGCAUCGCACCUUAAUGUAGCAAAGAACCUCAUAAAUUCGACCGGGCCGCAGUUACUAUUACAGACUGCGCUUUAUGCUAGGAUCGGUACUACUGCUUCUGAAACGAAUGUGUACAUCUUGCUAAGGGUCUACAGGUAUCACGCACUUGGCAUGGUUGAGCAGUGA